UAACAGACAUAUACAACAACAACAAAAAAAAAUGUUCAAUCUCCCUUUUUUUUUCCACAUCGCUUCUAAUGAUGAUGUUUGAUUUCCGUGCUUUGAGUGAGUUGAGUGAGUGCUACAUAUUGUUGAAGCUUUCCCCCCUCUGGGGUUCUUUAGAUGGAUCAGAUGACUGUGUGUUCUGUGUGUAUGGUUUACCUUUUGGUAACGAUCGAGUUCAAGACAUUGAGUUUGGAUGCAAACUUUUUUGCUUUUUUUUUUUAAUUGUUGCGUAAAGUCGCGUGGGUGCUCUGGUGUAGUAAGUACU